AUGCUGCGACCGGCGACACCCCUAUCGAUACUCUUCUUCGCCGCCUUCGCGCUACUUCUCCUGUCCACCAUCUCCACGCCUAUAAUCAAGGGCAUUCCACUCGCUACCUUCCGCGGUGUCAAAUUUGGCACCUUUGGCUACUGCGAUGGCGACAAUUGCAAGGGGCCAAUGAUUGGCUACGACACUGACAAUCUAUUCGCCGAUGCACCCGAUUCCGAAUUCUCGCUGCCCUCAGCGACUCGUCACUCGCUCUCUUCGAUUCUCAUCGUGCAUCCCGUGGCUGCGCUCAUGACGCUCAUAUGCUUCUCUCUCGCCGUAGCUGCACACUUCCAUUCGCCUGCCCAUUCGCCGCGCUACUUACUUGCGCUCCUUAUCUUCACGUUUCCCACGCUGCUAGUGUCGUUGCUCGCGUUUCUGGUGGAUAUCUUGCUGUUUGUCCCCCACCUGGCAUGGGGAGGAUGGAUCGUCCUGGCAGCUACCAUUAUCAUUGUCGCGAGCGGCGUGGUGACCUGCGCCAUGCGGCGAACCUUGGUCAGUCGCAAGGCGAGAAAGAGAAGGAUCGCGGAGAAUGCAGACAUGAACGGUCAGAAUUACUACGCCAAUCGUAACGUCGAUGGCAUUGCCACCACUACUGUCGAGACUUUACCAAAGGCUGAGUCUCCGCCUCCAAUGUCCGGCGAAACAAUGCUUUCCGACAAUUCUAAGAAAGCUGGAUUUGCAUCGUAUGAAGUCCAGAGGCCUGGUAUGCAAGACGAUACCAUACCGCUCAACACUCGAAACCCCUCCCUCAAGACUACCAGCAGCGCUCGCUCCGAUGACAGAUCGAUGCCACCUGGUCGUGCGCCCUCUGGCCGUGGACGACCACCGGUAGAUCAAUAUGGAAACCCAAUCCCGCCCAUGCCCAACGACCCUUACGCUAUGCAAAACGUACCCCGAAUGGGGCCACCGCCUGGCAGAGGAGGAGCGUACACUCGUGGACGAGGUGGGCCUAGAGGAGGCUAUGGACCAAGAGGAGGAUACGGGCCACCCCCAAGAGGAGGUAUGCGAGGGCCGCCACCACCAGGUUGGAAUGGAGGAGCGCGUCCAGGGCCAGGGAACUUUGGGCGAGGUCCUCCCCCACCUGGUUACAACAAUGAUAUUUACGGUCAAGGCCCACCCCCUGGACCAUAUAACGUACGUGGUCCGUCGCCCGCCACGCAACAGCGAAUGCCAAUUGGACAAGCCAUCGAAAUGGAUUCGAGGAAUGGUGCUAACCAGGGCUAUGGUUUGCGAGAGAGCGACGGGGACGUUCAGGGAAUGCUUGCUUUGCAACAAGGCGGAUUUCCUGCCCAGGCUCCGCAGCGCCGCCCGUCUGGGCCAAUGAGUCCUAGUUCAGAAUACUCCACGCAGGAAGAGGCUCGUCCCAUGGUGGCCACCGCAGGCUGGCACAACAACUCUGACCAGACGAUACCAACGAACGGUAGCCAUAGUCGCGGCCUGUCGCCUAUUCAAGAUUCUCCGGUCGAAUUGCCCGCGCAGUUGUCGACGGUUGGAGCACCUGGUAACGAACGAACUUCGGACUACUACUACGAAGACGUGGACCCCAAAUUUGCGGAACCUUUGCCUAAUCCUGGCCCGCCAGGAGUCCUUCCUUCUGCGUUGGUUCCUGGCGGCCUCCCGAAUGCGCCUUUCAGCAAUCCUAACGCGCCUUUCAAUAGUUCCAAUCCCUCAUUAAACAUUAGUGACCCGAAUCUUCUGCGACAUUCAUUUGAAGACGAUGGUUCUCGGUCCCCAGCCGCAUCGGAAACAUCCCACUUCACUUCAGUCUCUCAACGCGGGGUCAAUCCCAAUUGGAAACCACCGCCUGGCCCUCCAAUGCCUGCCGGUCCAUAUGGUCCGUAUGGUCCACGGCGUCCGUUGAGACAAGAAGAUGUGAUAUUAGAGGCCAACGCUGCCAACCCUGAUUUCGCGAUACCUGGAGCUGGCCCACCCGGGCGUGGUGGAGGUAGAGGACGGGGUAGAGGAGGCCGUGGUGGUGGUGUCAUCAAUCCUUUGGCGAACGCCGGGCUUGGUGCAGGACGGUUAGUUCUUACAGCGCCCGUAAUCGGCUGA